GCCCUCGCCCCAUCCGAUCGCUGCGAUCACCUCUCCACCACCGCAACACCAUGAAGCGCACCCAAACCUCCUUCCUCGCCUGCGCAUCCUGCCGCUCGCGCGUCCUGCGCUCCCUGACCGGCUCCCCUCUGCGCCGCGCUUACUCCCGGCCCCCAUCCGCGCCCAAGCCGCAGCUCGACGUCAAGCAUGUCCGCCAGAACCCAGGCCUCUACGAGCAAAACUGCAUCGAUCGCAACUACAGGGCGCAAAGCAAGAACUCAUGGACCAUCAUCGAACUCUACGAGAAAUGGAAGGACUGCCAGGUCAGCGCGCGCGACCUGCGCGAACGAGGCAAUGCGCUGCGCCGUAAGCUCGCGAAUGCUGCUUCACUCAGCGGUGAUGCUGAAGGCGCAAUCACCAUGGACAAAACGGCGCUGCAGGCCGAGGGCAGAGAGAUCAAGAAGGAGCUUAGUGGCAUUGAGGACCAAGAGAAGGAGCUCGAGGAGCAAAUGGCGAACCUGGCCUUGGAGCUGCCGAACCUCAGCAGCCGCUUCACCCCCAUCGGCACUGAAGCCGAGGUCAUCGGGUACAUCAACGACCACCCCGAGCCCGAGCCGUCAUCCUCGGACCGCGUCUGGAGGUCGCACGUGCACAUUGGGUCUGAGCUGGGGCUGCUGGACUUUGCGGGCGCUGCCACAACCUCGGGUUGGGGCUGGUACUACCUCAUGAAUGAGGCUGCUCUGAUGGAGCAAGCUCUCAUUCAGUACGCCUUGAGCGUUGCGCGGAAAAGAGGCUGGAUGGCCGUGUCACCGCCGUCAAUCGUCUACUCGCACAUUGCUGCGGCGUGCGGCUUCCAGCCCAGGGACCAGAAUGACGAACAGCAGAUCUACGCGCUGCAGCAGGCUGAGAAGGACAAGGGGAAGCCGUCGCUAGUACUUGCUGGCACUGCCGAGAUCCCUCUGGCGGGAUUGAAGGCUGGCCAAAUCCUCUCAGACGCAGAUCUUCCUCUGAAGCUGAUCGGUGUCAACAGGUGCUACCGCGCGGAGGCUGGCGCAAGAGGAGUUGACACCAAGGGCCUCUACAGAGUGCACGAGUUCACAAAAGUCGAAAUGUUUGCGUGGACGUUGCCGGACCUGUCCGAGGGCGAGAACUUUGCUACCGAAAACAGCGUCCAUUCCGAGGCCAUUUUCGACGAAAUGCUCGACAUUCAGCGCGAGAUUCUCGAGUCGCUCGGUUUGCAUUGUCGCAUCCUCGAGAUGCCCUCGACGGACCUCGGGGCAAGCGCGACGAGGAAGCGAGACAUUGAGGCGUACUUCCCAUCGCGGCGCGACAGAGACAAUGGCUGGGGCGAGGUGACGUCGACGUCAGUCUGCACCGACUACCAGAGCCGGCGUCUGCAGACCAGGGUGCGGCUGGAGAAGCUUGGGCGGAAGCUUGACUUCCCUCACACGCUGAACGGUACGGCGCUGGCGGUGCCGCGGGUGCUGGCGGCGAUUCUGGAGAACAAUUGGGACGAGGCGUCGAUGAAGGUGACGAUCCCGUCGGUGCUGCGGCCGUGGAUGGGGGGCAUGGAGGCGAUUGAGCGCAAGCGGGCGUGAGAGCGGUUUCGGGAGUUAGGCGAAUCGAGACAGGACGGCAGAAAUGCUGGGGCGAGUUUGGGGCGUUGGAGUGAUUGGCGGCGUGGGUAGUCUUGGGUCGGGCCGUAGCAGCACGGUGGGCUGGCAACGGCUCGAUUGGUCGCAGAACCAUCAACUCGGCGCACGCUUGGGCCAAUGUAGAGAGGCAGACAAAGCCGGAGCAAUGCAGACGUGCCGCUGCCAGCUCGAGCUGCUGGAUGCGUUGUUUCCCUUGGCGCUUGCAGCGGUCGCGACUGGCUGACCUGCGCGACUCG